AUGAAACCUACAAAGAAACAAAAUAAUUUAAAUUUAAGACGACAGAAAAGUAAAUCAACAUUUAAUAAAGACGCAACUCCUUUCUCACCAGCAGUAUCUUCUCAAUCAUCUUCGGUGAGAAACAAUCAACAUUCAGACCCAUCUGAUUUGACUUAUAAUACACCUAAGCCAACACAACAAAAUAAUUUUACCCCCAACCCAAUUAUACGGAAAUCUACAACAGCGGCAUCUCCAACAGAUUCCAAUGCGAAACCUGUUCCUUAUAUCAUCAUAGUCACCAACAUUCCAAUUCAGUCCACCAAAGAUGAUUUUAUCCAACUAAUCAAUUCUCGCAUAUCUACCACCGAUGAUUCAUAUACUAUAGACCAAUUUGUUGCCGAGCAUGAUAACACCAUUACCGCAAUCCUAAAAGUUCCCGAUUUGGAAACAUGCAACAAUAUGAUAUCUGCUCUAAAUAAUACUCACUGGGAAGGCAAAACUUUAAAAUUAACUUUAAAUAUAGAUCAGAAUGACCAACUUUUGUCUACCAAUAAACAUUAUAUCAAUAAUGAUCCAUCUUCAACAUAUAGUUUUGGCCAACCAUCUUCAUCUUCAUCUUUAUCAUCUUUAUCAGAAAGUUAUUGGAAACCACCACUAUCAAGAAAUACUUCUGCAUCUUCAACCCCAUCAGCAUUGUCCCUUUCCCGCAGAACAUCAUCAUUGGACUCCAGAAGAUUCGAUUCACGUUCAACAAGUAAAAGUUCCAUAUCAUCGUUGGGUUUAUCAUCAAAACGAAGCUCUCAAAGCUCAUCAAUAAGCAGUGAUCCACAAUCAAACAAAAAACCAGUACCUACAUUCAUCAUGAAUAUGAUCCAAGAUAAUGAAAAACUUACACCUGAUCGAAAUCACUCAAUAGAAGAAGAUGUACCAGAGGAGAAUGAAAAUGAUGUACACGAGCAUCAGAAUCAUCAUCGUCAACAACAACAACAACAACAACAACAACAACAACAAGACCAAGAAGAUAAUGAUGAGAACAACGAUGAUGGUAUUGAUGGUAAUGAAAAUCCACAGCUGAUGGAUGAUGGUGGUGAUGAUGAAUUUAUUUGGGUACAUGCAACAGAUGACGUCACCGAUACCACUAAUUUUCCAAAAGGUGAGAAUUCUGAUAAUCUUAUAAAAGUCAAUGCAAGGAGGUUAUUUGUUGGUAAUGUUCCUUAUAGUUCAAACUGGACUUCAUUAAAGAAUUUCUUAAUCAACAAAUCCAAUGAAUUAGAACCAGAUACCAAUAUUUCCAUUUUACGAGUCGAAAUACCUGUGCACCAGGUUCCUCGAAGUGAGCCAUACUAUAUGUUCCCAAUAGGUCGAGGCUUAGCAUCUGUAACAAAAAGUAAAGGGUUUGCCAUUGUGACUACUGGUGAUAGACAUUCGUCGGAAAAAUUAAUUGAACUUCUCAACAAUGUUGAAUUUGAAGGAAGAUCAUUAACUGUGAGGUAUGACAAGUAUCCUGAAUACAACAACUAUGUGAUGCAACAAAUGCACGCACAUUCAAGUGGUAAUUAUCAUAAUUUGUCUCAACGAAAUAAUCUUCAUUAUCAUGAUGGAAUAUCGUUACCACCAAAUUUACCAUAUCUUCCACAAUACCCCACUUCACCGUCAGCUAAUAAACAUCAGAAUCAGCAAAACAUGGCAUCAUCAUUGCAACCAGUUUUGAAUUAUUCUCCUAGUCCAGCUUUGCUUAGUUCACUUGUAUUUGAAAGGAAUCUGUACCAACGUAAUUUUUAUUAUGCAUCAGCUGCAGCACGUGGAGCUGGAGGAAACACCGUGGGAUCUAAUCAAAAUCAAGGUUCAAACCAGAGUGAAGGUCAAAAUCAACCAUCUAAUCUGAAUCUGAACCAAAGUCAACGAGCACAUCCAAUUUCUGAAUCUAACGUCCCAAAUGCAUUAACACCAGGAAUAAACCAGUUCAUUUCACCACCUGCUACUGGUAGUUAUUUCCAAUUUUCCCCACAACAGCAAGGACAUCAACAUCAAUCAGUUCCACAACUGAACCAACUACAAGGUCAGCACGCUGGAAGUUUAAGAUCACUUCAAUUUAUUCCGCCACCGAUGGCACCACCACCCCCACACCCUUCACAUGUACAUCAACUUCUGCAAAAUCCUGGCACUGAAUCACCAAAUGCUCAAGCAUUUAUGUAUUGGCCUCCUCCAUAUUAUAACUCAACACCGAUUUAUGCCAUACCUCCACCAUUCCAUCAAUAUCAGUAUACAGGAUCACCACAUCAUUACCAACAACAGUUCCCCCAACAAAUGAAUCAUCAAGGACAAUACAAUUCACGACCACAAUCUCAACCUGUACAACAACAAGAACAACGACAAAGUCAAGUUUCUAAAGACUCCACACCAACACCAUCGCGAAUUAUUAGAGAUGUAACACUGAAGGAGGAAACACCAUUACAAGAACAAACAAAUACAACAGAAGUUACCAUGAGUGAAGAAGAAAAGGCUAGAGAUUUGAUCAAUUCUAUAAAAGACUUAUCAAUAGACAAAUAA